AAUCUUCUCCGAGUUAUCGAAUGGAUAAGUACCUUGAGUCGAUAAUUCCGAAUAAAGUUUCCACUUGUGGAGCCGAUCUUCUACUGUAUUCUCUCUCGAAGCACUUCAGGUCGUUCAAGUCGUUCAAAAUUAUUGGUUAUUACUGUUUGCACAAAAACCGCGCGAAAAUGCAAUGCGCCGACAGAACCACGACGCUCAAUCUACUAGCCAUCAAAAAAUCACCAUACCUCGACUCACUGAGGUCGUCGAUCCCGAGGCUACCGGUGGAAUUGGCAGCUGAGCCGGAUUUGCCAAGGUGGAAACAACUUCCUUUGGAAUCGAAGAUACCUCUCGACGGUGUGCCUCUGUUGGCACGUCGCAAACUCGGCGAGGCUCUGAGGCUCGAUCCUCCACAGUUCGAUACCAGUGACCCGUACAAUUACGAGGUGCGACUGGACUACGAGGGACUGCACGAUCCACAUCUCACCAGAUUUUUCGGAGAAUCGGAGCAUCUUCGUGAGGCUAUUGUCAAGACGGGGCUGGUGUCUCCGCGACUCGACGUCAAGUGCAGUUUAAAAGACUACAACGCCUAUCGGAGCUACCUUCGGACGAUGCAAGCCAAGCUGAUGAGACUGGAGCUUGAGAAGAGGGACGAAAUGCACAGAGAAAAAUUCAUCCUGGACAUCGCCGAAAGACAGGCGGCCAAGAUUAUUGAAAAGCUGAAAAAGGACGAAACGAGGAACGCUCUACUGAAGGAGCUCAAACUGAAGGAAGAAAUCAAGCUUCGAAGGAUCAAACAGAAGCACAAAGAGCUUGACGACAGACUCGAAGCUUUGACCCUGUCUCGAUGGAAGACGUGCGAGAGGAAAAAGCUCGAGUCAACACUGAAGCGAGAAAGCUUUGGCAGAAAACGCGCAGCCAUGGCAAAAAGAGAACAGCAGACCCUACUGAACACGUUGAAAGAGUGGCACGAACGCGAUCGAAGACUCAAGAAAAAUCUUGAGACCAACUCGGUGAUGAGACGCCAGGCGAAGCUCAACGAGGCGUUGAACAGGUUCGAAAAGAAGAAACUGUCACAAGAGGAAACGCUGGAGAGGGAGAAGCUCUUGAAGGACUGUGCCGUGAAGCUCAAGGAAGGUUUUUUGGAAAGCUACGAGGAGAGGAUGAACAGAGACAGGAGGAAAAUGCAAGAACUUCUCGAUGAAAAGAAGAAGAAGAUAGUGCGGAAGAUUAAACGAAGGGCCAGAAGGAGGAAAUCGAGCAGCUGUCUGUGCCGGGUGAAUUGAGCCAACGCUUGAUGUCUGUAACUUCGUUUAUUUUUAUUUUAUGCCCUCGACAGGAUCUACACCAUUGUACACAUUUUGUAAGCAGUUUUCAGUUAUUUAUUUAUCAUAUAACGACGAGUAUUGAAAUUCGUAGGACAAGUAACAACGUUUAUUCAUUUUAUUUUCUUUUUUUUUUUUUGCCAAACUUAACAAAUUGUUCGCCUUCGUCGUUCAUCGAGGUAAAUGCCUCGUACACCUGCGUUUAUUAAAAAAUCAUAAUUGCACGACAUUUGUCACGAUAUACACAACCACGUUAGUUACAUCUUAUUAUUGUUAGCCUCGCACGCUGUACAAAAUAAAAACUUUACAUCUA